AUGAAGGAUACUGCAAAUUCAUGCAUGAUUGUGGCAACACUUAUUGUCACUGUGGUUUUUGCUGCAGUUUUCACAGUACCAGGUGGCACCAAUGAAGAGUCAGGAAUGCCUCUUUUUGCCAAUAACCUUUUUUUCAGAAUUUUUGUCCUUGCAGAUGCAAUAUCUCUGGCAAAAGCUAAAAAUGCAAGUGGGAAAACUCCUAGAGAUAUAUUAUAUGAGAAGACCACAACUUUAAAGGAUGUAGAGGAAAAGUGGAUGAAGGACACUGCAACUUCAUGCAUGGUUGUAGCAACACUUAUUUCCAUCUUGGUUUUUCCUGCAGCUUUUACAAUGCCUGGCACCAAAGAAGAGACGGGUACUCCUAACUUCAUUCAGAAACUUUCCUUUAGAAUUUUUGUCAUAUCUAAUGCAAUAUGGCUGGUAUCAUCAUCUUGCUCUGUACUAACAUUCUUAUCCAUUCUCACUGACCGAUAUGAAGAUGAAGAUUUUCAUUAUGUGAUGCCUAGAAAGUUGGUUGUUGGAUUCUCAAAACUUUUCUUGUCAAUAGCAGCAAUGAUGGUAGUGUUUUGUGCAACUAUUUUCAUUGUCUUCAAAGAUGGAGAGAUUUGGAUUCCUAUUCUUGUUAGCAUGAUUGCUUCCUUGCCUGUCAUUUUGUUCACCAACCAACAGUGGCGACUUCUUUAUGAUGUAGUGCAUUUCCAAGACAAGUAA